GACAUUUAGUGACAAGCAAAACAGUAAACGUAGUUGCUAAAAGUUAAUAAAUAUUAGAAUAUUAUUUAUUAUGAUAUCAUAAGGGUAGGGCAAGUCUGAUUAUGUGUUACAACAACACAUGAAAAAUCCCACGCAUGGUUUACAAUGGCAGAAGUGUUAGUAGAACACGACUAUAUUGCGAAAGAACCCAACGAAUUAACAAUCACAAGGGGCGAUAUCAUCAAGGAUGUGAUUAAAAAACAGGGUGGUUGGUGGGAGGGUACAUUAAAGGACAAAAAGGGCCUGUUUCCGGAUAAUUUUGUUAAAGUGUUAGACAAAGACUCUUCGGUAGUGCUAAGGAAUAGAAAGGAUGCCUCUAGGAUAAGGCAGUGUAGGGUUGUGUUUAGCUAUAAGCAAGAUCACGAAGACGAGCUUAAUCUAAACGUGGGUGAUGUUAUUGAUAUAUUGGGGGAGGAAGAGGAGGGCUGGUGGCGAGGAAUCCUCAAUGGGAAGGAAGGUGUCUUUCCCUCAAACUUUGUCGAAGAGAUUGUGCCUCUUGCUUCCAAACAUAAUAGCAAGGAGAAUUUAACAAACAGUAUUAGCAACAAUGAAACGCCUCCACCACUUUUUUCUAAACCAAGUAAUGUCCUUGCAGGUAGGAUUUUGUGCGAAGUCAAAUUCGCCUACAAGGCCCAAAACGACGACGAAUUAACCCUCAAAGAAGGCGACCUUGUGACCCUCAUCAGCAAAGAUGGCCAAGACCCCGGCUGGUGGAAGGGCGAACUCAACGGCGUGGUUGGGGUAUUCCCCGAUAAUUUCGUCACCGUUUUGACAUCCACCGGCGAUGAAGCCCCUCAAAAAGACGAGAGAAGAGUCAAAUCCCUCCUGGAGCCCCAUUCCAUUAAACAUAACACAGUCAGUGCCCAAAGAAAGUCUCUGGAAGCACAUAGCGACAAGAACGAAAAACAGGAAAAUGAAAAUAUGUCACACACUAAAACCACUCCACCUCUACCGGGAAAGAAACCCACCGUUCCGCUUAAAAAAUCGCCAUCGGGGUCGAGUUCAUCCGGGGGGAUUUUUCAAGGGUUGAAGAAGAAGCUGGUUGAUGUGGUGGAUGGAGCAACGGGGAGUAAAAUUUCGCCGCCUAAACCUGAACCAAGUGAAAGUGGGGUACCGGAAAAUGUGUUUGAUGAUGUGCAUAGGAGGCCACUGCUUUCGGAUGUGAGAGCAAGCAGACCUAAAGCCCCAGGAAGGCGGCCCCCUUCCAUCAUAGGAAAAGACCAGGAACCGGGUCUCAUGAACGGAAAUAGCGACCAUAACAUGGAAACCACCUCUGAAACAGCGCACAACGUGAGUUCUAGUUCAGAAGGCGAACCAACUGAGAGCAAACCCAAGCUGCCCGAGUGGGCGAAACAUCCGGCUCCAUGGCUGGAAGAAAUGAAACUCAAUCAGGCGAAACGCAGCUCAUUUACGCCACCGCAAGACAAGCUCAGAUUAACCCCAACGGAGAAGAACGAAGACGAGGUCAAGACAAAGUCGUUCAAGAAGGAUCCAAGUCCUGUCGAUAAAUCUAAGUCAAUAGCAGCAAAUGCAAGAGUAAAGACACCCACCAACGAAUUUCCCGCCAUGCGAAAUAAACCCAAUGUGCCAAUACCUAGCAAACCUAAUGUAGUUGAGACACCACAAAAGCCGAUCACUUUAUCUCACACGAAAGUGUCACCUGUCAGUAAUAAAACUCCCUCGCCUAUGCAUAAAAUCGAAACGAAUCUUCUUGACAGCAGUGCUGGAGGAGAUUCCGGUGAAGAAGUGACGUCGAAACAAUACGUUGAUUUGGAACAUAGGAUAGCGAAACUUGAAGAGUUGUUUGAAAAGCAACGACAGAAUUAUGAAGCGGCCAUUGAAGAACUUAGAGGGAAAUUGCAAAUUGAAACGGAGAUGAGGAUGACACUUCAAGCCAAUUUCGAAAAGUUCAUACAAGACGGUGCAAUUCAACAACUCUAAAUUUUUAUUUUUGUAUUAUUUAUAGCUAAGUGAUCUCUCGCCAUUUAUAUUGUAAUGUAGGUGAUGCAGCUUAGCGUUUUGAUACAAAAACUCAGCGYUUUAAUUCCAUUCGAAUUGUGUUUUUACAGUAUUACUUCGUACUUUUGCUAGUUAUUUGAAAAUACUGCCCGUUAAAAACGAAUGAUCUUGUAUGUCAGAAAGUUACUAAAAUUGGUCUAUUAUACAAUUAUGCUUUACUAAAGCAAUUUGCCUAAUUGGGCGACAGAAAGAAAAACAGUUUAUUUAAAUUAUUUUUUUGAUAAUUUGUAUUAAAAUUACUAACUUCAGGUUAAGGUAUCAUUUUUAGAAAAAUUUAAAUUUUAUGACCAUAGACACAUUUUAGCUUUUUGAAGAGUUCCUACUUUUAAACAACGACUAAUUUAUUUAAYUUAUUUACUCAAAAAUUAGGGGUUGCGGGUUAUUGUUAUUUCUGGAAUUGAAAACGUAUUUCCAUAUCUUUGUCUAGUCAUUAAAAUAAUGUGUUACCCAAUUUUAAAACGUUAGCACUUGUCUUCCRUGUUUUCACUUAAAUGGUGAAAUUGGAAUUGUGCAUAUCUUUUUUUCAGUUUUAAGUACAACUAUCGAUUAAAUUGCUGAGUUUAUGAGAAAUCACGAGAGAGAAUUGCAAGAUUUAUUAAAAAAUGAACUAGCUACCGCAAUUUUUAUAUAGCAUUUUUACCACAUUAGCCUAAUUAAUUACAGAUACAUAGGUAGUUGUAUGUAAGUAUUGAAGAGAAUCAUUCCAUUGCUCAGAGUGAAAAUUUCGAAUUUUCACUGUAUUUAUUUAUAUUUUUUGUUCAUCUAUUCCAUUGUGUAUAUUUUAAUCGUUUUAUAUAUUACGAUAUGUAGCGGCUUUCGUCAAAAAUGUGUAUUAUUUAUUGGCACAAUGCGUCAUAUCAGAUUUAUUAUCAAGUUAUUUUUGACGAAUUGGCCUGAAACACAACUAUUUUGUUAGUGAGUUCUUGUAUUUUUUGUAUUCUUGUAUAAUUAUUAUGAAAUAAGUGUUCAAAGGCGGUGAUAGGAUAAUUUUUAAAUAACUUAAUAAAUUGCUAAGUGGA